CUUGUGGCCAUCAACAGUUGCCUACCGCAGACAUGUCUGACGAAUCCAUUGCAAAAAGCGCUGUUCUCGUCCAAUCUGAAAAGAUGGACGAGAACUCCGUUGAGGUUGUUGGCCCGGACUUCAAUGUUUUUGAUGAACGUAGAAAAAAUGGAGGUUCGCCUGUUACGGUUGCCGAGCUCAUGAAGUUUUACGGUCAAAUCGGUUUCCAAGCUACGAAUCUGGGUGAAGCCAUUGACAUCAUCAAUGAAAUGCGUCUUUGGCGCGAUCCCAAUCCUCCUGAGGGAAAGAAGGACAGAGCUACUAUUUUCCUGGGCUACACCAGUAACUUGAUUUCCUCUGGUGUGCGCGAGAUUCUUCGCUACUUGGUCCAACACAAGUGUGUCGACGUGCUUGUCACCACCGCUGGCGGUAUUGAGGAGGACUUCAUCAAGUGUCUCGCUCCCACGUAUUUGGGUGACUUUGCCUUGAGCGGCGAGAAGCUCCGUAAGAAGGGUAUCAACCGUAUUGGUAACUUGGUUGUGCCCAAUGAAAACUACUGCUUGUUUGAGGAGUGGAUCCUUCCCAUCAUGGACAAGAUGGUCGAGGAGCAGGAGGCCGGUUAUCACUGGUCUCCUUCUCGCUUCAUCCACCGUCUUGGUAAGGAAAUUAACGACGAGCGCAGUGUGUACUACUGGGCCUACAAAAAUAACAUCCCCGUUUUCAGUCCUGCUCUUACUGAUGGUUCGAUUGGUGACAUGUUGUACUUCCAUACGUUUAAGGCUGAUCCUCGUCCCAUCGACUUGGAUAUUGUGCCUGAUAUUCGUGCCAUCAACUCUCUUGCCGUUCACGCAAACCGUUCGGGUAUGAUUAUUCUUGGCGGUGGUGUCAUCAAGCAUCACAUUUGCAAUGCCAACUUGAUGCGUAAUGGUGCAGAUUGGACGGUGUACAUUAAUACUGCCAACGAAUUCGAUGGCAGUGACGCCGGUGCACGCCCCGAUGAGGCUGUUAGUUGGGGAAAAAUUCGUCUUGACGGACGUAGAACUAAGGUUUACGGAGAAGUUACGAUUAUCUUCCCUCUUAUUGUGGCCGCUACCUUUGCCUCUUAAAAUCAUUGAAAACACAGGAUUAAUUUCCCGCACGAAGCGGCUGCUGAAGUGUACAUUUGGGCUUUUUGGUAUUAGGAUAAAACAACCUCAGACGAAACAGAUGACUUUGUUUUUUUUGUGGCAUCUCUCUUGUGUGUCUACGUGGAUUUAUUUUUUGGCACCGUUGUGAAAUUAUUUUUCAUUGGGAUAGACUGUUAAUUUAAAGUUAACGUUGUUAGUUUAUGUUAGUCGGUGUGUUAGUUGCAAUGAGCUGUUUGAUGCUCCGUUUGUCAUGAAUAUUGUUCUUUCCAUGUUGCGGAAAACCCUAGAAAAUUCACUGAAGAUCACUUAUUUGUAGGAUGACGGCUGCCUUGGUCACACUGAGAGCACUUUUGUACAAGUAUAAUAAAACUACAUUACCUACACAGUCAUUCUUUCAUAUUUUUGUAUCAUCAAAGUUCACCACAGGCAACCUUUGGUUUGCUAAAUUGUCAAAUUA